AUGCAACCAAAUCGCAGUCAUCUCCACAACAUCCAAGGGAGUGGUGAUGACUCUUCAUCUUCUCAGAGCGCCCACGCAGCGAGGUUGUCAGGAGCGAGCUCGUGCCAUCAUAGUGGAGAUGUUCACAUACAGCUAAACUCUGCUGUGGGCGAAGCCAGAGAAAAUGCGAGUUCCCGGCAUUCAAGGCCAGGUUCCCAAAGUCACUCACAUGGACAUGCCCACAGCGAAGCAGGGGGGCUCGACGAUUCUACUCCAGACUCAGAGGAACACAGCGGCAGCUCCCUCUCAGAGCUCAGAUACCUCUUCCAGUGGCUGCACAAAAGUCUGCCUUAUAUCUUGAUUCUGGGUGUCAAAUUGAUCAUGCAGCAUAUAAUUGGCAUUUCUCUUGGAAUUGGGCUGCUAACAACUUACAUGUAUGCAAACAAAAGCAUAGUAAAUCAGGUUUUUCUAAGAGAACGGUGCUCCAAGUUGCAAUGUGCUUGGUUACUAGUAUACCUAACUGGAUCAUCUCUCCUCUUGUAUUACACCUUUCAUUCUCAGUCCCUGUAUUACAGCUUAAUCUUUUUAAACCCUACUGUGGAUUUUAUGAACUUCUGGGAGGUACUUUGGAUUGUGGGAGUCACAGACUUUAUUCUGAAAUUCCUCUUCAUGAGCUUCAAGUGCUUUAUUCUCUUGGUGCCUUCUUUUAUGAUGUCCUUUAAAUCCAAGGGCUACUGGUACAUGCUGUUAGAAGAACUCUGCCAGUAUUACCGUAUGUUUGUCCCCAUACCAGUUUGGUUCCGUUAUCUUAUUGGCUAUGGGGAGCUGGACAGUGCACUAGGAUGGACCCUUGGGAUAUUGCUGGGCCUUCUCUACCUCAUCCUAAAACUUUUGAGCUUUUUUGGACAAUUGAGAAACUUCAGGCAGGUCUUACGGAUAUUUUGUACACGACCACACUACGGGGUGACAGCUAGCAAGAGACAGUGUUCUGAAUCUGAUGAUAUUUGUUCAAUCUGCCAAGCUGAAUUUCAGAAGCCUAUUCUGCUUAUCUGUCAGCACACAUUUUGUGAAGAAUGCAUCUCUUUAUGGUUUAAUAGAGAAAAAACGUGUCCACUCUGCAGAACUGUUAUUUCAGACCAUGUUAACAAGUGGAAGGAUGGAGCUACAUCUAUGCAUCUACAGAUUUUCUAAAGCAUGUCAAACAACUUGUUUUACAGUUUGUUUGUUCAAGCUAAGGUCUUUCAGUUUACUGCAGAUUAAAUUGUAGGUAUCAUAAGGAACAAGUUUCCAAAUUCUAGGUAUCAUGCUUCUAUGAAAAGUUCCAGUAUUUAAAACAGUGCAGAAAAUGUUAACUUGACCUUCUUAAGUAUA